CAUGCACAUGUCAGCAUACUCCUAAACCUCACCCAACCAACUGUUGUUGCUCCCCAUAAAACUCUGAGGCAUCAACCAUAAUAACUCCACCCACGGCACCUUAAUUCUAGCUAUCAACUUCCUUCCAAUAAUAUUCUCUUCUUCUCCUUGCCAUUCCCUCCCAUGCAGCACUCUUUCCUCCUCCUUCUCCUCCUCUUGCUCUCCUUCUCAUCGUCUCUCUCUCCUCGACCCAUCCCCGAAGAUGAUGACCGGCACCGGCAGGCGCUCUUCCGUGCCACCCAAUAUAAUUCCAAUUACACGUGGCGCUCCUUCCACCGCCUCCUUGAUCUCGAGCGAGGGAGCCGUGUCGACGGACUCGUCGGCCUCAAGCAGUACUUCGUCCGGUUCGGUUAUCUGAUCUCGUCCAACUCGACCGACUCCGUUCUUUCCGAUGCAUUUGACGCCCGGCUCGAGACGGCAGUUCUGCGGUACCAAGCCAGCCUCGGCCUCCCAGUCACCGGCAAGCUCGAUGCCACCACCCUGUCGGAGGUCAUGGCCCCUCGCUGCGGCGUCCCCGAUUUAAAUCCUAACCGGUCGAGGGCGGCCGAGACGGUCCAGCGGUUCACCUACUUCACGGGCAAGCCGCGGUGGGCCGGGCGGAAACCGUUAACUCUGACCUACGCUAUCUCACCGGAGCACACCAUCAAGUACGUGGCUACCGCGGACGUGGCGGCCACGAUCCGGCGUGCAUUCGACAACUGGGCGCGGGUGAUCCCCGUGCGGUUCGAGGAGGCGACCCACUACGAGUCGGCAGACGUGAAGCUGGGGUUCUAUGGAGGGGACCACGGCGACGGAGAACCGUUCGACGGGGUGCUGGGCAUCCUGGGGCACGCGUUCUCGCCGGAAAGCGGGAGGUUGCACCUGGACGCGGCGGAGCAGUGGGCGGUGGACCUAGGGAAGGAGUCGUCAGAGGUGGCAGUGGACUUGGAGUCGGUGGCGACGCAUGAAAUAGGGCACGUUCUGGGUCUGGGCCACUCCGCGGUGAAGGAGGCGGUGAUGUAUCCGAGCCUGAGCCCGCGGACGAAGAAGGUGGAGUUGAAGGUGGACGACAUCGAAGGGGUGCAGGCGCUCUACGGCUCCAACCCAAACUUCAGAUUGAACCAAACCGUUCAAUCCGAGACAUCAUCGGCUAUUGCAUUACGUGAUGCGAUCAAAGUUUGGAGAUCGAUUAGUACUCUCGGAAUUCUGCUGAUAAAAAUAACUAUGAUGAAUGUAUUAGCGUAGAUACAACAUCAUAUAGCAGCCUUAGGGCAGGGGGAUGGAUCCCCACAGGGGAGACCAGAAUUGACGGCUAGCAACUAGCACGCUUCCAUAAUUUUAGUUGUUUUGUUUUAUUUUGAAUUGAAGACGGCGACUAAUUGUAUAAAGGAAUGAUUAUACUCAUAUUAUAAUAAUAAAGAUGCAAUUA